AUGGAGACAUCUCAACACCCCAGCAAUGGGGAAAACCAACAUGGGAACUCUGAUGAAGGGAGGAAUCCCGGAGUGAGUUCCAGAGGGGAGAAUGCCAAGGCAAAAAGGCAAAAACGAAAUUUCAGAUAUCAUCCAUAUAAGAGGAGGGAGGAGGUUACUUGGAAGACCUUCCUAGGGGGACCUUCUGUGGAUGAUCAAUCAGCUGAUGAAGAAAGGAUGACAAAAAAGGGAAGAUUUGAUGCUGCAAGGAGUUCGUUCAAAACAAUACUGGGCAUGAUAUGUACUGCCGUAUUGCCCAAGAGACCAGCAUCAGAUGCAAUUAUCCCUGAAACUUUUUCCCUGAAACAGAUGACCAUCGCAGAUGAAACAAUCAGUGAGAUGGUCAACGAGACAGUCAACAAAGCAGUCAGCGAGACAGUCAACGAGGCAGACAGCGAGACAGUCAACGAGGCAGACAGCGAGACAGUCAACGAGGCAGAAAGCGAGACAGUCAGUGAGACAGUCAGUGAGACAGUCAGCGAGACAGUCAGCGAGACAGUCAGCGAGACAAUCAACCAGGUUGUCAGUGAACAUGUUAACCAGGCCGUCAGCGAGCCAGUCAAUGAGCUUGUCAGCGAGCCAGUCAACAAGGCAGCCAGGGAUGUGCCCGGCACCACCGCAGGACAAGGACCACCAGCCAACUUUAACCUUGAUAGCUUCAUCUUUCAUAAAAUACUUGGUCAGGGUAGUUACGGAAAAGUCGCCCUGGCAUCCCAUCCUGCCACAGGCCAGAAACUGGCAGUCAAGGUGGUGAAGAAAAGGAAAUUAUUGAAUGAAGAUCCUAAAUGUGUACUUACAGAGAGACAAAUACUUGAAAAUGUUGGAGAGAGUCCUUUUUGUACACACGCCUAUGGAACCUUCCAAUCAGAAGAGGAUCUCUUUUUCGUUAUGGAGUACAUGAAAGGAGGAGAACUAUUCGACCUGCUCAAGACUGCUCCAUUAUCAACUGAUACAAUAAGAUUUAUUACUGCCGAACUUCUUUGUGCUCUACAAUAUCUACACGGACGUGGUAUCAUUCAUAGAGACUUAAAACCUGAGAACAUACUGCUUGACAGCUCUGGCCAUGUCAAAAUAGCAGACUUUGGCCUUUCUAAAGUGGAUAUGUUCGGACCCAAGAAAGCGUAUAGCUGUGCCGGUACUGAAGCCUAUAUGGCCCCAGAGGUUUACUAUAAUAAACCCUACGAUGCUAUGGCCGACUAUUAUUCUCUUGGUGUCAUCCUGUUCGAAAUGGCCACGGGAGAAGAUCCAGAAUCAGUCAGAUCCAGGAACUACUAUCCAAGGAACAUUGACCCUGACCUUCGAGAUGUUAUUGAGCGACUUCUUGCAAAAUAUCCGGGAGAUCGCUGGCGGGCAGUGAAAAGACUACGAGAACACCCCUUCUUCAGAUCUAUUGACUGGAAGAAGUUGGAGGAAGGAAAGGUUACUUCACCAUUGUGGAUGCCAAAAUGCCCAGAAAUAGACACAAAUAAGCAAAUUGACGUGAAGAAACUGAUUCACUACAGAGGAAGAAAACAGAGGAGAAUUGCAGAUGAGCACCAGAGAUUGUUUGAUGGCUUCAGCUUCAUAAGCAGGAAAUGGAGAAAGAUGCUGAAGAGGCAAUGA